AAUAACAAUGACGACCAACAACAAUCCCUCACAACCAACGCAAUAUAAUUUUAAGGUGGUACUGCUCGGCGAAGGGUGUGUGGGCAAGACAUCGAUUGUGCUGCGCUAUGUCGAAGACAAAUUCAAUCCACAACACAUUAGCACUUUACAGGCCUCCUUUCUAACGAAAAAAGUCAACCUUGACAAUGGCAACACAGUGCAAUUGAAUAUUUGGGACACAGCCGGACAGGAGCGUUUUCAUGCAUUGGGUCCCAUCUAUUAUCGUGGCUCACAUGGUGCUAUCUUAGUGUAUGACAUCACCGAUCAAGACUCAUUCCAAAAGGUGAAAAAUUGGGUAAAGGAAUUGAAACGUAUGUUGGGUUCGGAAAUCAUUCUAACUAUUGCUGGCAAUAAAAUCGAUUUGGAAGAGCAACGUACGGUGCAGGAAGACGAUGCAGUGGCCUAUGCUGAAAGUGUGGGCGCCCAUUACUUUGAGACAUCGGCAAAGACAAAUGAAAAUGUCGAUGAGCUGUUUAUGGAAUUGACAAGACUUAUGGUGCAACAUGCCCAACAAAAUAAUAUGAAGCAAAGGGCUAGCGCCCAGCAACAAUUUGGCCAAAGACGUUUAAUAGUUGAAGAUUCGCAGGAUGGUAUGGACGAUGGUGGUAUGAGUUCACAAGUGCCUGAUGGUAGUCGUUCAUGCUGUGGUUAG